CUCACCUAUGAUUAUGUUUGUGUUCGGGGAUGUACGGAGAUUUGAAACCUUCUGGUGUUAUGCUGUGUGUGGCGCCUGCGUCGGAGUGGCGACCACGUUCUGUAACGUUUGCAUGAUUUCAUUUGCAUUACGUAUAUGUAUGUGAUUUUGACACUGAUUUUGAUGUACCGGUUUAUACUCCACUUUACUGUCUGGUUUGCUAUCAGUUUUGAUCCAUAUUUCUGUACUCCGUGCUUUACAUACUCAGUACAUAUUUCGUACUGACCCCCUUUUCUGCGGGGGGCUGCGUUUUAUGCCCGCAGGUACAGACAUUGGUGAUCCCCCAUUGUAGGCUCCACUUUUCUGCUAUCUCGGAGUACUCCUACUUGAUCCGGAGUCCACUUCUGUGAUGCCUCCGAAAAAGGCAACGGCGGCCCAGAAGGGCAAGGCGAAAGUGGCAGAGACUAGUCGGGCACCGAGAGUCACCGUUACCCGAGCUCGAGCUCAGACUAUGCCCGGUAUUACACUUCAGUCAGAGGGAUCCAUUACACCACCGGCAGAGCCUGGAGCAGGUCCCUCAGCAGCUCCAGCGACUCCAGCGCCCGCAGCUCCAGCUCCUCAGUCAGGGGCGGAUGACAGGACAUUGACAGAGGCUGUGCAGUUACUGACUACCCUGGUAGCGGGACAGGCUCAGAGACACGGCCGGAGGGAUGAUGAUGAUGGCAGGCGGGACAGCCUGAGGGUUCGGGAGUUCUUAUUAUGUGGCCCUCCAGAGUUUUCCGGGUCUAAGCCCGACGAGGACCCUCAUGACUUUAUUAGGGGGAUGCGACGCUCAGUAGAUUUGGUCAGGGCUUCAGAGACCGAGUCUGUUGAGCUGGCUUCGCACAGGCUACGGGAUGUUGCUGCUCACUGGUACGAGUCUUGGGAGCUAGCUAGAGGCCGGGGUGCUUCCCCAGCCACUUGGGACGAGUUUGAGGCUGCUUUUCUCAGCCACUUUUUGCCUCCAGAGUUGCGGAGGGCGAGAGUGGACAGGUUUUUGCAGAUUCGACAGAGGGGCCGGAGUGUUCGUGAUGGCAGAGAUGGCGGACCGGAUGCACCGAUAUGUGAUCGGGCUGGACCGUUACUUAGUUGA